AUUUGCUCCGGGCGGGCGGCCGCGGCGACCCGGGCCUGGCUCCGGGAUGGGGAGCGAAGCCCCUGGGGCGGCGGCGGCGGCGGCGCUGUGAGGAGCAGCCCGGGGGAGGCAGCUGCCGCUCGUCGGUGAGUAUCCGGGAAGCGCCAUCAUGGCGUUCCGUAAGAAGAGCCCCAGGAACCCCCCAGUCCUGAGCCACGAAUUCAUCCUGCAGAAUCAUGCAGACCUCGUCGCCUGCGUGGGGAUGUUCUUCGUGCUGGGGCUCAUGUUCGAGGGAGCAGCAGAAGCAUCUAUCGUGUUUAUUACUCUGCAGCACAGCGUUACCUUCCCCGCGGCAGAAGAACCAGCCACGGACUUAAAGGUCCUUUAUCAUUAUGGCAUCAAAGAUCUGGCCACGGUUUUCUUCUACAUGCUCGUGGCAAUCAUCAUUCACGCCACCCUUCAGGAGUAUGUGUUGGACAAAAUUAACAGGCGAAUGCAGUUUCCCAAAGCGAAACAAAGCAGAUUUAACGAAUCUGGUCAGUUGAGUGCAUUCUACCUUGUCUCUUGUAUUUGGGGCACGUUCAUUCUGAUCUCUGAAAACUGCCUGUCGGACCCCACUCUCUUAUGGGAGGCGCAUUACCAUAACGUGAUGACGUUUCAGAUGAAGUUUUUCUAUAUCUCACAGUUGGCUUACUGGUUUCAUGCCUUUCCUGAACUCUACUUCCAGAGAACGAAAAAACAAGACAUCCCCCGUCAGCUUGUCUACAUUGGGCUUCACCUCUUUCACAUCGCCGGAGCCUAUCUCCUGUACUUGAAUCAUCUGGGACUUGUUCUCCUGAUGAUGCAUUACUUUGUUGAAUUACUUUCCCACAUUUGCGACCUGUUUUAUUUUAGUGAUGAAAAGUACCAGAAAGACAUUUCUCUGUGGGCAAUUGUGUUUAUUUUGGGUCGACUUGUGACUUUAAUUGUCUCCGUGCUCGCUGUGGGCUUUCACCUGGCUGGAGGGCAGAAUCGGAAUCCCGAUGCCGUCACCGGAAACGUGAAUGUGUUGGCAGCCAAAAUUGCCGUUCUGUCGUCCAGUUGCACUAUCCAAGCCUAUAUAACAUGGAAUUUAUUUAAUGUCCAGCUUCAGAGGUGGAUGGAAGAAGAUGCUACUCUUCAGGCCCCAAGUGUGAAGAAGAAACGGACUAAAGGCAGGUCUUCCAGAAAAGGAACAGAAAAUGGGGUGGCAACGUCAAGUAGAGUAGACUCUCCGCAUAAGAGGAAAGAGAAAUCUUCAUAAUGAAUGACAAGCUAAUUGACUAAUGUCCCCAAAGAAGUCUGCUCUUUACUAUAUCUUUCUGCUCUAGAGAUUUUUCUGUUCUUGAAAAUAGUUUGUGCUGUCUUUAAUUUUUGCUAUGAACUGUGUAAUGUAUUUUUUUAAAGACAGUUGAGAGGAGAGUGAUUAUUAUGAUGGGGAAAAAAUAUUUGGUUUAGACUAAGCUACUCGUCGCCAAAAUGUUUUAGGGAUCACCACAACAUUUUUUUUUUUUUUUGGUUUGUUUUUUACCUAUCAACAUUUUCCUAAUGAUUUGUAGAGAUAACUACAAAAUUCCACGUAUCAGUGAUACAAUUUCUUGCUCCCGCCAAUCUUUUAUAACAUUAGCAAGAUGGUCUCUUUAGAAAUGUCAUAUUUGUAGUGUUCCCUUUCAAGAUAAAAUAGAAAUAUUAAGGUGGAAGUCAUAUUCAUUAAGUUUGUAGCGUUCUCUCAUUCUUAGAUUUUUUUUUACAACUGGAGAAAAGAUUUGUAAAACCACCAAAAUAAUGAUGUGUUUUAUAGGUAGUGGUUGUUACUGUUACAUCUCCAUUAAAAAAAGAAAAUACUAAUGGCUAACAUAAGUGGAGAUUUAUUGCCAUAUACUGAAUCAAAAUAUCUUGAAUUAAUAUCAAAGUAUUGCUGAAGAGGUAAAAUCAUUCAUGUUCUUUUGAAACACUUGUAAACUGGAAACCAGAAAAUUAAAUAUUUACUGUAAAAAGGAAAUCAGUUUUUUUAACCAUUAUUCUUAAUGAGAUUUGUUAUGUUUGUUGUCCACAACAUCUUAGAAAAAUAUUGUUUAAUCUGUCAAUUAUUGGAAAAAUAAUGCUUACUUGAUUUAUAUCUAUAAAAAGAAUGUCAGCUAAUUACAUGUGUAAAAGAUUUAAUGCACUAACCUUAAACAAUUUGAAAUUCAAGUGGAUAAAUAAUCUACUGAAAGACUUUUGAAAAACAAUAUUAUAAUUAUAGCUGCGCUUCCAUCUUUAAUUGGGAAACAUUUAUCUGUAUGGGACGUAUUCCUAUUUUGGAUACAUAUAUGUAAAUUGUAUCUUUAUGGAAGCCGAUAGAAACAAUGAGCUGUAGUGGGUGAGUAUUUAUUUGUCUCCUCUCAGCCUUCAUUUUGUUUUCAUUUCCAUAAUGUGAGUGUUUAUAUUUUUUUCAGGAGAAAAUGCUUUAAAAAUAUGCUAGGAUAUAUUUCCUAUUCCUCUAUUUUCUCCUGCAGUAUUUCUUGUGACUCUGCUUUUGACUGCCUUCUAUUUGCUUUGUUUUAGGUAAUUCAUCUUUUCCAAUCAGGGGGUCUCUCAGAAUUAAACUUAGUGUGCUUGUGUUGCAAACCAAAGACAGAAGAGCCAUGCCUGGCAAAGCUUUCUUUUCUAUUCUGUCUGCUUUGAGAGACAUCCUAACCUGCUCUUGGAGCUCAGAGGAGUGGUCAAAGCUGAAGACAUAAGUUUGAGAGUCAUCAGCAUAAAGACAGUUUUUUAAUCAAGGCACUGAACAAGGUCAUCUAAGGAGAAGAUAUAAACAGGGAAGAGAAGAAUUUCUACUGCUUGACCUUGGAGCAUCCCAACAGAUGGAAAUAAGACAGUGGAAUGAGAGCCAAUAAAGGAGACUCACUGAUGUCUGAUGUGGAGGAGAAGGGCCGAAAGGACAAAAGGCCACUCAUUGUGGAACCCACACCUGAGUGACGGCUGGUGAGGUAGGCGAAAACAAGGGUAAACAGUGUUGCAUAACCCCAAAGAAAAGUAUAUUAAGAGGAUGAAAAUAUCAAUUACUUUCAAUGCUAUUGAGAGUUCAAGUUCCUUGAGAUUAGAAAUUUAAAGAUAUCUGGACUUGGCAACAUGUGGAUCACUGGAGACGUAGGUGAGAUCAGUUUCAGUGGAGUUAUGGGGAUGAAAGCCCUAUUGGAGUGGACUGAGGAGAGAAUGGGAGAUGAGGAGGGGUGACAUGAUAUUACAAAUACUUCUCAACAAAUGUCUCUUGAAGUGGAGCAGAGAAAUGGAAAAGAAGUAGGCAUCCCCAUAUGCAAUAAACAAAGAAGGGUGUGGAGUCAAAAGAGUUGGUUUUGUUGUUAGUGUUGUAAUUGUUUUUAGGAUGAUUAUAGAAUACUUGUAUAUUUGUAUACUGAAAAAGCGAGGAGAUGACAGAGGGGAGAAGGAUGACAACUGCAAGAACAAGGCCAAAUUACACGAGUCCACUGAAGAAAGGCAUGUAGGACUUCCUGAUUUGAAAAGAGCACUUUUAAAUUAAAUAAAUCUCCAGUUUGCAUAUUUUCAGAAAACUUUUGGAACAUCUGCAUACAACAGAUACAUACAAGGAUGUAUAUAUAUUGUCUUUAUUCUAUCUUAUUGCAUUAUAGUAGGUUUAAUUAGAUUUGUAAUGACUACCAUUAAAAUCUGAGCAGAAGUAAUAGUAUAAAGUAUUUGAAAAGAU